AUGGCGAAUCCUAGGCAGCGCAGGAAGGCUCGUUCUGGCUCUCAUACGUCUGUGUCGCAUUCGAAACGAGCCAAGACGUUGCACCUGAAAAAGCAACCAGCUAUCCGCGGGCCGAAAGUACUACAAGAAGCCUGGGACAAAAAGAAGACAGUACGUCAAAACUAUGCCGCCCUGGGCCUUUCCGCAUCCCUCAAUCCUCGGUCAGCCGGUGGUACAGAGGGCGCAAAGGGCAAGGCAUUGGCCGAUGCGGAGCUCAUCACACGUCAAAGAGAGCCGUCAGGAUCUCAAAACCGCUCAGAUGAAGUGACUCAGAUAGUCCCCAAGGGCUUUGGUCGCAUCGUUCGAGACGAAGACGGCAAUGUCGUCGACGUGGUGAUGGAUGAAGAGGAAGAGGAAGAGAACGACGAUGUAUCUGCAGACGAUCGUGGAGGACUGGUCGAGGAUAAGGCCUCAGUGAUUGCGCCUGAAGCUGCGAGCUGGGUAACCGGCGUGCAACAACAUCCGGAUGCACGAACAGAUGUUGUAGAAGCUCUGGAAGCUUCCGCUGCGAUGGCAAAACCGGUGCCACGAGGGACUUCCAAGGGUGAGCGCGGUUACCUCGAGCGCCUCGUUGAGAAGUACGGCAAAAAUGUGGACGCCAUGGCCCGCGAUCGCAAGUUGAACACAAAUCAGCACACGGCCGGAGAGUUGUCUCGCGCAAUUCGGAAGGCGGGCGGUUUCGCGACCCUCGGCUCGGGAUAG